AUGGUUCCAAUUACCUUGUAUGUGGGGAGAAAGGCCUUCAAUACAAUAGCCUUUCUUGACGAGGGGUCGUCUAGCACUCUCAUAGAGGAAGCAGUCGCGAAUAAGUUGGGAGCCAAGGGUGAGUCGGAGCCAUUGAUCGUAUCCUGGACGGGAGACAUCAAACGGUACGAGAAUGGUUCGCAUCGUGUCAGUUUGAUGCUGUCAGCGCAAGGAUCGAAGGAGAAGUUUCGUUUGGAGAACGUACACACAGUCUCUAGGUUGGUGCUGCCGAAGCAGGUCGUGCAAUUUUCGGAGGUAGCCAGGCGAUACUCGCAUCUGGCAGGUGUCAGUGUGACUGAUUAUGGUGAAGAGCAGCCCACGAUUAUGAUCGGUCUGGAUAACAUCCAUCUAUUUGCGCCGUUGGAGUCACGGAUUGGUCGACAAGGCGAACCGAUUGCUGUGCGAUCGAGACUUGGUUGGACGGUUUACGGGCCAGAAAAGCAGAAGGCAGCGGCCGAAACGUUCUUGAAUGUUCACAUCGUCAAACCAGCAACAAAUGAGGAGUUGCAUGACAUGAUGCGGGAGCAGUACGCCCUCGAUGAGGCGGGAGUUACCUCAUAUGAAGUACCGGAGCCAGUUGAAGAGCAGCGGGCCCGAGAGAUAUUGCGAACGACAACGAAACGCGUUGGCAAACGGUUUCAGACGGGUUUAUUGUGGCGUGAGGAUGAACGAAACUUUCCUGACAGCUAUCCAAUGGCUAUGCGUCGGUUGCUAGCGCUCGAAAGGAAGUUGAAUAGAGAUCCAGCUUUAGAUCGAAUCGUUCGAGAGCAGAUAUCAGAUUACCAGAUAAAGGGUUACGCUCAUAAAGCAACGGCAGAAGAGUUGGAGCAAACUCCUCGUUCUGCUGUCUGGUACUUACCGUUGAACGUGGUAUUGAAUCCUCGUAAACCUGGUAAGGUACGCUUGGUGUGGGAUGCUGCUGCGACAGUGAAUGGAGUCUCUUUGAAUUCGGAGUUACUCAAAGGACCGGAUAUGUUAGUGCCGCUUCCAAGAGUGAUCUGUCACUUCCGUGAAAAACCGGUUGCAUUCGGAGGUGACAUUCAAGAGAUGUACCACCAAGUUCGUAUACGAGAGGAGGACAAACAGGCGCAGAGAUUUCUGUUCAGAGAGGCCUUAACUGACGCACCGCAGGUUUAUGUUAUGGACGUGGCCACUUUCGGUUCCACAUGCUCACCUAGUUCCGCGCAGUUCGUAAAGAACAUGAACGCUGAACAGUUUGCAGAGAGGUAUCCGGAAGCAGCGGAUGCGAUUAUAAGGCGGCACUAUGUGGACGACUACUAUGACAGCGUAGAUACUGUCGACGAAGCGAUCAAGCGAGCCAACGAGGUGAAGUUCAUUCAUUCGCAAGGAGGUUUUAACAUCCGAAACUGGGUCUCAAACUCGACAGAGUUUCUGGAAGCGUUGGGUGAACGGACCGUGGAAACCGCCGUACAUUUUAACCGUGAUAAAUGUACGGACUAUGAACGCGUUUUGGGCAUCGUUUGGGAGCCGGUAGAGGACGUCUUCUGCUUUGCUGUUGCUUCGAAAGAAGAAUUUUGUGAAGUUCUUCAAGGAAAGAAACGUCCGACCAAGAGAAUUGUACUGAGUAUCGUUAUGGCACAGUUUGACCCAGCGGGAUUUCUCACUCCAGUCACCAUACUCGGGAAAAUGCUAGUCCAAGACUUAUGGCGAACAGGGUGUUGCUGGGAUGAUUCAAUCGAUGACGUAUCGUUUAAAAAAUGGUUGCGCUGGUCAAAUAUUUUGAUUGACGUGCAAUCAUUCAAGUUGCCACGUAGCUAUUUCGGUAAUGCUCGGUCAGACGAAGUCAAAGACGUGCAGCUCCACAUAUUUGCUGACGCCAGUGAGACAGCGUACGGGUGUGUGGCAUACUUCCGUGCGGUGGUUCGAGGUGAAGUCGUAUGUGCCUUGGUGAUGAGUCGUGCUAAAGUGGCUCCUAUCAAGCAAUUAUCAAUUCCUCGGUUGGAGCUCUUGGCAGCUGUGCUGGCUGCACGCCUUGCAAGAACGGUGCGAGAAAAUCACAACAUCGAGAUUACGAAGCAGGUAAUUUGGGUCGAUGCGGCAACUGUUUUGUCUUGGAUCCAAUCGGUGCAGCGUAGGUAUAAGCAGUUUGUCGGGUUUCGGAUUGGCGAGAUCUUAAGCACUACGAAACUGUCAGAUUGGCGUUGGUUGCCGACAAGGUUCAACUUGGCGGACCAGAUCACGAAGUGGGGCAAGGACCCAGAUAUACGUUCCGGAAGUCCUUGGGUGCAGGGGCUUCAAUUCAUGUAUCAAGAGGAAAAAACGUGGCCGAAAAGAGCCCUGCCACCAGCGAAUACGGUGGAAGAACUUCGAGUCCACCUGUUGUUGCACGACGUAAUUGUCGCGGAUGUCAUCGUGAAUGCCGAACGGUUUUCGAAAUGGACCGUGCUCGUGAGAACAAUGGCGUGUGUCUACCGUUUCAUUUCCAACUGCAGAAAGAAAAUAAGUGGUCUGCCGAUUGAAGCGCUGAAGGCAACAGAUCACCAGAAGAGCAUUCUGUUGUUAGUUCAGAAAAGGCACGUCGUUCCAACAUCGGUGCGUAUUCCCCUGCAACAGGAGGAGUAUUUGAAGGCGGAGAGGAGUUUGCUGAGGAUGGCGCAGGUCGGCGAAUACAUCGACGAAGUAAAAAUACUGCUGAGAAAUCGAGAUCGUCCCGUCAGUGAGUGGCUAGCAAUCGAGAAGUCUAGUCCGUUGUUCAAGUUAACGCCGCUUAUCGAAGAGCAUGGGUUGAUAAGGAUGGAAGGCAGAAGCGAGCGAGCGGAGUUUCUUCCGUUCGAUCUAAGGUUUCCGGUGAUAUUACCUGGUAAUCACGCAGUAACGAGGUUGCUGGUCAAGCAAUACCACGAAAAGUUUGGUCACGGAUAUCGAGAAACGGUAAAAAAUGAGCUGAAACAGCAUUUUUAUAUUCCGGGAAUCCACGCCGUGGUUCGAAAAGUGUCGUCAGCGUGUAUGUAG